ACAGGGGGGCCAGUAUGAGACCAGUAGACCAGUAAGAGACCAGUAGAGAGCAGCUCAGCUCCCAGUCUGAAAGGAAAAGUGGGACUGGAUCAGUGACGUGAUCUGGGAGGGAGAAGAGGGACGGCUGGACUCCAUUAAGCCCAGAGCCUGCAGGAAAACUGUUUGGGAUACUUCACUUCUCCAGCGAGUUCUUCGGGGAUUUCUUUCUGUUUUUAUUGUCUCUGAAAGACUUCCUACAUGAUUUAAAGACGGGGGACUUGUUCUGAACCCAGUAGUCGACUGUUUUAGUGUGUUUUUUCCGUCUUGGUGAAGGAUGGCGCUGGACGGGAUCCGGAUGCCCGAUGGCUGCUACGCCGACGGGACGUGGGAGCUGAAGAUGCAUGUGACCGACCUGCACAGGGACGUGUCGCUGAGGGUCACCGGGGAAAUCCACAUCGGAGGAGUCAUGCUCAAACUGGUGGAGAAACUAGAUGUGAAGAAGGACUGGUCAGACCACGCUCUGUGGUGGGAGAAGAAGAAGACAUGGCUGCUGAAGACCCACUGGACGUUGGACAAGUACGGCAUCCAGGCCGACGCCAGGCUGCUCUUCACGCCGCAGCACAAGCUGCUGCGCCUGCAGCUGCCCAACAUGAAGCACAUGAAAGUCAAAGUCAACUUCUCGGACCGCGUCUUCAAGGCCGUCUCCGACAUCUGCAAAACCUUCAACAUCCGCCACCCAGAGGAGCUGUCUCUACUGCGUAAGCCCCGCGAUCCCAAGAAGAAGAAGAAAAAGCUGGAGGAGGCCGAGGAGGACGACCUGGAGCUGGAGGGGCCGCUGCUAACUCCUGGAUCAGGGAGCAUCUACUCCAGUCCAGGCCUGUACAGUAAGACUAUGACCCCCACCUAUGACUCCAGAGACGGCAGCCCGCUGUCGCCCACCACCGCCUGGUUCGGGGACAGCCCCCUGUCUGAGGGGAACCCCAGCAUCCUGGCUGUCAGCCAGCCCAUCUCCUCACCAGACAUCCUGGUCAAACUCUACAAGCCCCAGUCUCUGCUGGACAAAGCCAAAAUCAACCAGGGGUGGUUGGACUCCUCCAGGUCUCUGAUGGAGCAGGAUGUAAAGGAGAACGAGGUGCUGCUGCUGAGGUUUAAAUACCACAGUUUCUUUGACCUCAACCCCAAGUAUGAUGCCAUCCGAGUGAACCAGCUCUAUGAACAGUCCAAGUGGGCCAUCCUGCUGGAGGAAAUUGAGUGCACGGAGGAGGAAAUGAUGAUGUUUGCUGCCCUGCAGUAUCACAUCAACAAGCUGUCAAUCAUGUCUUCAGACAACCACAUGAACAACAGUGAGAAGGAAGUGGAUGAGGUGGACGCCGCUCUGUCAGACCUGGAGAUUACUUUGGAAGGAGGAAAGACGUCCAACACACUGGGUGACAUCACAUCUAUUCCUGAGCUAGCAGACUACGUCAAAGUCUUCAAACCCAAGAAACUGACACUGAAGGGCUAUAAGCAGUACUGGUGCACGUUCAAGGACAUCACAAUUUCCUGUUACAAGAGUAAAGAGGAGGCCCAUGGGACGCCUGCUCACCAAAUGAAUCUUAGAGGUUGUGAGGUAACUCCAGAUGUUAACAUCUCGGGUCAGAAAUUCAACAUCAAGCUGCUAAUCCCCGUGGCUGAUGGCAUGAACGAGAUCUGGCUCCGGUGUGACACGGAGAAACAGUACGCCCACUGGAUGGCUGCGUGCCGCCUGGCCUCCAAAGGGAAGACCAUGGCCGACAGCUCUUACAACCUGGAGGUCCAGAACAUUCUGUCCUUCCUCAAGAUGCAACACAUGAACCCUGACCCUCAGUUCAUCGAGCCCAUCACCACCGACAUCAACCCAGAGUGCCUGGUGUCCCCGCGCUAUCUGAAGAAGUACAAGAACAAGCAGCCAGGCUCCAUCAGGGACUUGAUUUCAGCCCGGAUCCUUGAAGCCCACCAGAACGUGGCCCAGAUGAGUCUCAUCGAGGCCAAGAUGCGCUUCAUCCAGGCGUGGCAGUCCCUGCCUGAGUUUGGAAUCACUCAUUUCCUCGCCAAGUUCCAGGGUGGAAAGCGAGAGGAGCUGAUCGGCAUCACUUACAACCGUUUGAUCCGGAUGGAUGCAGGCACCGGAGAUGCAAUUAAGACCUGGCGCUUCAGCAACAUGAAGCAGUGGAACGUCAACUGGGAGAUCAAGAUGGUGACGGUGGAGUUUGCAGACGAGCCCAGCCUGUCCUUCAUCUGUGCCGAGGUGGACUGUAAAGUGGUCCACGAGUUCAUCGGCGGCUACAUCUUCCUGUCGACACGCGCCAAGGACCAGAACGAGUCUCUAGACGAGGAGAUGUUCUAUAAGCUGACCAGCGGCUGGGUCUGAGCGGCCCCCGAGCCACCAGGGGCCAACGAUUGUAGGCCAGGGGCCAGGAGGGGAGCGGCUCAGGGUGGAACCACAUUGUACGGGGUUUAUUUUUAUUAAUUAAUAUUUCUGUUUAAACGUUUAAAGCUGUGCUGACGAGUCCAGAACAGCACUAAAAUUAGCCACGGCUGACACCGUUUUUAUCGGUUUUGUUGUUUUUGCAUUAACGCUGACAAGGUCUUUUGUUACAACACUAAUCUUCUGGUGAAUGCAGUCCAGAUGAACUUUUGAACGUAAACUCCUGUGGGGAAACGGGGAUUCGAACCCGCGACCACCUGCCUCCUCUCCUCCUGGACUCAUGGCCAUCAACUUACGUCCAUGACAACCCUUUAAAACCAAUCAAAUGCCAGAUUUAAUCCCAAAGAAUCUUAUUUUUUUUGCCCCCUCUUCACUCUUUUUACUCUCACUGCCUUUUUUUUUUUCGUCUCUCUUCUAGAACUGGACAUCAAACUGUCAUUAAAACAUAUUGUAACCGUAGUGCCACAGAAACCUACAGUUAUAUCAAAUUAUUUAUCCUAAAAGACAGACUCUGUGAUCUUAGCACUACAUGUCCAUCCUAUCCACUCUAUGAAGGGUUUAAUAUCUUUGAAGUCACAUGUAAGCACUUCUACACUAUACAGUCCUGGUGAGGAAUAAGCUGUUGUUAAAUUUCCUUUUUGCUUUUUUCAUGUCUGUUGUCUUUGUUUCAUCCAGAAGCUCCUCUGUGAUGAAUUCUUAUUGUAUUAGCUGACGGGUGUGACAUUGAGAGUUUUGUUUUUUUGUAUUUAAUAGACUGCUAAUAAGUGAGCAUGUCUGGAAACACACUACAGUUCAGUGCACUGGGAUGAGUGUCCUGUGGGUUUGGAAAUCUUUUCCAACUAAUAUACAGUCAUGGAAAAAUAUUUUAGACCUUUGUUUUCUUCAAUUUCUUGAUCAUUUUAAUGCCUGGUACAACUAAAGGUACAUUUGUUUGGAUACAUAUUACAAUAACAACAAAAAUAGGUCAUUAGAGUUUAAUUUAAGAGCUGAUAUCUAGACAUUUUACAUGGUUUCUUGAUAAAAAAAACAACAAAAUUAUUAUUAAGAAAACUAUGGAAAAUGUCUCAGUUUUGCCCUUUUUCGGGGUAAUUUUGUUUCUUUUUUUUGUCAUUUUGUGUCUUUUUUGAUCAUUUUUACAUCUUUUUUUUGGUCAAUUUGUUUCUAUUUCGAUCAUUUUGUGCCCUAUUUUGGUCAUUUUUACAUCUAUUUUUGGUCAUUUUGUGUCUUUUUUGAUUAUUUUUACAUCUACAGUCACAGAAACAUUCUUGAUAAUAACCAAAAUUAUUAUUAAGAAAACCAUGGAAAAUGUCUCUGUUUUGCCCUUUUUCAGGGUUAUUUUGUGUCUUUUUUUUUGUCAUUUUGUGUCUUUUUUUAUUAUUUUUACAUCUACAAUCACAGAAACAUUCUUGAUAAUAACCAAAAUCAUUCUAAACAAAAAACCAUGUUAAAUGUCUAGACAUCAAAUUAAACUAAACUCUUAU